UGUGAGAAUUGACCUUUUGUAGUUCAUUCUCAAUUAUUUGAGUUCCAAGAGUUUCUCAAUGAACUCUAUAAAUAUUUGCUCAACCACUUGUUUUUCACUUGGUGUGAAAUAAAACACAAACAAAAAAAGUGAUAAAAACAAACACUUUCUUUGAUAUAUCUCUUUCUGAUUAAUCUUUCUGUUUAUGUUUCAUAUAAAGUGAUAUAGAAAAAUAGGUAAGAAGUGAAAUUUUGUUACAAGCAUGGAGGAAGAUCAUAUGAGAGAGCCAUUGUUGGAGAAGCAGUACUUUAAGGAUUGCCCUGGUUGUAAAGUGGAACAAGCCAAGGAGCUUAAUCAAGGGGUAUCCAUUACAAAUCUUUUGGUUAUAUGGAUGGUGGUGCUAUGUUCCACACUGCCAGCAGCAUCUCUCUUUCCAUUCCUUUAUUUCAUGGUAAAGGAUUUUAAUAUUGCAAAAUCUGAGGCUGAUAUUAGCUAUUAUGCUGGUUAUGUUGGAUCUUCAUUCAUGUUAGGCAGAACUUUGACAUCUGUAUUGUGGGGAAUAGUUUCUGAUCGCUAUGGUCGAAAACCUGUUAUGAUUAUUGGUACUAUCACAGUUGUCAUUUUCAACACACUAUUUGGCCUUAGUACAAGUUUUUGGAUGGCUGUUAUCACAAGAUUUCUUCUAGGUUGUUUAAAUGGUGCAAUUGGACCAGUGAAGGCCUAUGCUACUGAACUUUUUCGAGAAGAACAUCAAGCUCUAGGACUCUCUACCGUUAGUGCAGCUUGGGGCACAGGUUUAAUCAUUGGUCCAGCAUUGGGAGGCUAUUUGGCACAGCCAGUGGAAAAAUAUCCAAAUAUAUUUCCAAAGGAUUCCUUUUGGGAUAAGUUUCCUUACUUCUUGCCCUGCUUUAUAAUAUCAGGACUUGCAUUUCUAGUAGUUAUUGGUUGUAUAUGGAUUCCGGAAACACUGCACAAUCACAAUGGUAGCAACGAGUCCAAAGAUGAUGCUGAAACUUUAGAAAACGGAAGCAACAUGGUUGACAAAGAAAAGACAGUCCAAAAGAAUGAAAACCUCUUCAUGAAUUGGCCCUUCAUGUCAUCUAUCAUUGUUUAUUGUGUUUUCUCACUUCAUGAUAUUGCUUAUCAAGAGGUUUUCUCUUUGUGGGCUGUCAGUCCUUCAAGAUUAGGUGGUUUGAGCUUCACAACUGAUGAUGUUGGUAAUGUUCUUUCAAUUUCAGGUCUAGCACUUGUCAUCUACCAACUUACCCUAUACCAAUAUAUUGAAAAAGUUUUUGGACCUGUUGGCAUUGCCCGAAUCACAGGGUUUUUCUCCAUACCACUUUUGCAAAGUUACCCCUUCAUAGCUAUGUUGUCCGGCAUAACUUUAUACAUUGUCAUUAGUAUUGCUUCCAUAAUGAGGAAUAUUAUUGCUGUAACAAUUACAACAAGUUUAUUCCUUAUACAAAAUCAAGCAGUGGAACAACGCCAAAGAGGUGCAGCUAAUGGAAUUUGUAUGACAGCUAUGUCUUUUUUCAAAGCUAUUGGUCCUGCUGCAGGUGGUACGAUAUUAACUUGGUCACAAAAACGUAUGGAUGCUUCUUUCCUCCCAGGCAACUCAAAUGGUCUUUUUUUCCCUAAAUUUAGUUGAAGGAGUUGGAAUACUUAUGAUGUUCAAACCAUUCCUUGGCGAAAAGAAGAAAACACAUUUGGUUUAGUUACACUGAUAUCAGACAAACUUUGCUAGAGUUAUGCAGUAUUAUUAUCACUAUGUCGUUAUUGAGGACAGUGAUUGGUAACUAUGAUGCAUUAUUAGCACCAGUGUUAUUUGAUUUUAAAUUUAUAGUACCAAUUAUUAAUUAAAUGUAUAAAAGAAAAUGAAAAUUUAUCACAUAAGAAUGAAUGAAAAAUACUGGAAGUUGUGUUUCUCUUAUAUUGGAAACAUGAUUCUCAUUUAUUA